AUGACAGAUCCAGUAGUUUUCCACUGUCCCAGCUGUGAGAUGGGAUUCCGCUCCAGGAGGCUGCUAGAGAAGCACCUGGAAAAAUUCUGCAUUGGAGGAGAAACGGCAACUGAUGCUAGAAACCGGAGCAGGCACAUAUCACAUAAAGGAAAAGAGCCUAAGAAAACAGAGACGCCGGACAACAUGUAUCAUCAGCUACAUGCACAAAAAUCAAAGAGACACCACUUCAGACAUUUGGGAGAUGAGGAACCUGAGCAACAAGCAGAGCACUUAAGAAGCUUUGACCAUACUGGAAGUGUUUCAGACAGACAGGCCUUGAAGAAACUGACUGAAGAGUUCCACAAACUGAGGAUGUCACUGGAAGACACACUUCCUACAUUCAAGUCCUUCCAAACAGAGGACGACAAUAGCCACCAAAUCCUCCACCAGCAGGAAUACUGGCAGCGCCAACAGCAAGUGACAGAAGCACAUGAGCGUCAGUUGGCUGAUAUCCAGGCCAGAAACCAAUAUCUGGAGCAGCAGAAGGAUGAGAUCCACAGGCGGCUGUCAGAGCUGAAACUAGGAAAUUCAGCUACAUCUCACAUUGAACAGCUACUGGUGGAGCUAAAUACUCAGGAGGGAAAGAACCAAUUGACUUUGGAUGCCCUGCGGGAACAGGUGGGACUUCUGCAGGCAGCAGCAGAGAGCAGAAGCAAACCGGAACCUCCCACCAAGAUAAAAACAGAUGCUGCUGCAGAGAAGAUGGAGGAGAAGGUCCCCUUCAAGUCUAUGCCAUUUCCAGCAGCUGUUGGACCUCUCUCUUCAGAGAUACAGGCACUGUACCUAGGUUAUCUGCAGAGUGGAGGCAAUGACCUCAGCGUCCUCCAACAGAUGUAUGAGCUGCAAGUGGAAGCCAUAGCACUGGAGAAAGGUGGAGCAAGGCCUGAGCACAAAGGCAGAAAGAAGACACACGAAGGAAGGCCUGGUAUGUACUCGCAAGGCUUGGAUGCUGAACUUCUGUCUGUUGAGCUGGAGAAUCAACGGCUGGAGGAUGAGAUAUUAAAGUUGAAGGUCCUAAAGGACAGAAGGAGGAUGGAAGACGGGUCUUUGGACACACAGCUGGCCAAGCUACAGCGUGUCCAUAUGGCAGAGAUGGCUCAGCUGCAUGCUGUGAUUGACAGGCUGAGAAAUGACACUGAAACGAUGAAGCCACGGUGGCCCAGAAAGGGACCACCCCCUCUCCUGCCACCUCCUGUAGCUCCCCCUCUGCCACCUCCUCCCCCUCAUCACCUUCGUGGGCUACCUGACCCUGCCUUUCUAGCUAGCAACGUGGACCCCAUGGGAUCAUCUGCCCCAACUACAAGCCAGUACUUCGUGGAUCCUUCUGAUUCCCUGGGACCAGCUCCAUAUGAUCCAGCGUCUGGUUUUGUGAUAUUCUAUGAUUUUCUUCUGGGCCUUGAUCCCACAUUCUACCAUGUUUGCCUGGUCUCUGGCCUCUAUCGUAAUGGGCAAGAGUUGGGCAAGCCCACUCCACUGCCAAUCGUCUCCUCUGAUAUGGGCCAGUCCUCACAGUAUGUGAUGGAUGGACAGAAAGGGUGCUGCGCCAUCUUAGCAGCUAGGCAACCAGCCCCAAGAGUCCUUCCUUCAACGUCCAUCGCCCUCGUGACUGAACUUCAAGCUUCCGGGGGAUUUGAUGCUUAUGGACUAGAGAUCCAGAAUUUGGCCCCCAGGGGAUGGGCCAAAAUCAGAAUUUUUGACCAUCUGCAUCAAGUGAUGAGUGGACGCUGGAAGGUCCCCGUCCGUGUGCUUCCUGUGAAGCCAAGCCUUACUGCAGAACAGCUGAAUGGUGUGCCUCAGAUUGGCAAAGCAGAGCUUUACUUGCGACUGGUGAACGCAAGAGAUGCUGACCUGCAGUCAAUGGCUGAGAUCCAUCCUGGCAACGCCUCCCUGUACAAAUACCCUCCCACAGUGUCCAGUUACACGGCAUCCCCCACAGACUUCCCUCCAGCCCAGCGCUCUUUCCGUCCUGCCCCCACCAGCCUGUCCUUUUCUCUCUCUCCUUACACUGGCUUUGUUGACCCCCCUCCUAAUCAGGAACAGCCUCUCCAACAUAAAUCUAAUGAAAGGUGA